AAUGCGCUGCUGCUUCACUUCCGGGAACUGUCGCGAGGCUCCGUGAUCCGCCUCAGUGGUCCAUCGGAGUGAACGGCGUUGUCGCUACUCCCUCUCUCGGCGGCUCUGGACCGGGCCAGCCAGUGCGCGCAGCUCGUGCGUGCGCGUGUUUCGCUCGUUCGGAUGUUGGAGCGGUGCAGCAUCAUCCUCCUCCUCCUCAUCAUCACCACCACCACCAGUGCAUCGGGUUGAUGUCCAGCGGCGGGAGGCGACGACUCGCUGAAUAAGAAGCGUCCGGCGGGCAUCGAGCUGCACAUCGCAGAGGAGCGGGACCAGACCAGGGAGGCAUCAUGGGCAAAGUGGAGGGCGGGAUGAAAUGCGUGAAAUAUCUGCUCUUCGUUUUCAACUUCAUCUUUUGGCUGUCAGGCUUGCUGGUGCUGGCCGUGGGACUUUGGCUCAGGUUCGACCCGGAGACGGUGGAGCUCUUGACGGACGACGGCGCCCCCGACACCUUCUUCAUAGCCGUCUACAUCCUCCUCGGCGCCGGAGGGUUGAUGAUGAUCGUCGGGUUCUUCGGAUGUUUCGGGGCCGUGCGCGAGUCCCAGUGUCUCCUCGCAUCGUUCUUCUCUUGCCUCCUGAUAAUCUUCGGUGCAGAGAUCGCCGCCGGCGUGUUUGGAUUCUUAAACAAGGAACAGAUUGUCGAGGAGGUCCAAAAGUUUUACAGCAGCUCCAUCGCUGACGUGACCAACGCGAACGCCACCGCCGUCGCACUCAUUUACCAAAGAACUCUGAACUGCUGCGGAGGCUCGACAUCGGUCGUGUCCAACGAGCUGUGUGCGGACUAUCCAAGUGACACCCAGGACUGUCUGUCUGCCAUAACGGACUUCUUCAACGAGAAGCUGCACGUCAUCGGCUACAUCGGGAUCGGGGUCGCGGCUGUGAUGAUCCUAGGAAUGAUCUUCAGCAUGGUGCUGUGUUGUGCCAUCAGGAACAGCAGGGAGGUUAUAUAGACCCCCCCCCCAUCCCCUCCUCCCCUCCUCCCAUACCCCCACCACCUCUUCAUGAUCCACCUGCACAGGAAGGGAAAAACACCAAAGUUACAUUUCCCAGAGUCUGUCCUGAUCUGGCCGGGAGGUUUAACCUUCACAAGAAGGACUUACAGUCGGUACAAGACAUCCCCGACUGUCCCCGUUGAGCAGGACGCGCCGGAUGGCCGUCCUUCACACCCUCCCCCUCAGCUCCACCGCCCCGGGCCCCCCCCCCCGGCGACCACUGAUUUUGUUCCGCUGUUUCUCUUCCAUAACACACGCUCCGCUUUCUUUUGGCGCGACUCCGCGACAUUUCCCUGGUCAUAACAUCCUCUCGCCGAGCCCGACCCCCUUGACACGGGGAUGCUGUGUACUCUGCUGUAGAUAUACGGACGAACCCUCUCGUGUGCAUCCGCCGUUAACUCUGUUUGCGUUUCCAUGUCACCUAAAAAGGCCUAAUGCCGACGCGUGCGUUUGUGUGCUUACAUGUUUUGAGGACUAGCCGAACCCCUUUUGCGGAUUAAGAUUUUCCAUUACGUGCCUGUUAUAGUCACACGUUCAAGCCACUAGUUACGAGUUCUCUUGUGAUCUCUGACGAUGUACAUAAAGACUUGCGCUUGCUCCCCCCCCCCCCCACCGCGAACUCUGAAGUAUUGUUACUUUAAAGCACAAUUAGCGGAGGCGUAGACGUGAUGUUAUCAACCCAAAGGGUUAGAGGAAGGCCUGACGACGAACUCUCUCUGUAAAAUGUCCAAAUUCACGUCGAGGGUGAAGUGCCGAGCUCCUCCUGUGAACUGUAAUAGUGAGCUCGUUUUUUUUUGCAUUCUGUGUGAGUUGUUGUGGAUUUUAAAUCCCGUUGGCGCGCCAACGGGAUGUGAAUUGUAGAAUAAUAUAGCUGUUAAACACAAUAAAAAGAAGAAGAAAAGA